UCGCCCGAUGGCAAACCUCCAUUUUAAAAGCCGGCGCCUAUAGUGGGAUUCGCAACAGGCAACGCUAACAAAACCAGCUGCAAAAGUUGCAAGCGAGAGUGUAAGCAUGGGCACAAAGGUGUAUGCCUGUGCCUAUCUUCUUGCGCUCGUCGGCGUCGUGCUCGCCCUCGCGGGCCCCGUCGCCGGCUAUGGGUUUAAGGCCACGUUCGCAGCCAGCGGCCCGGGGUCCUGGUCCGGGGACGCGGCCGCUCUGCGGCGGCUGAUGUCGACGAGGCUGGAGGACGGCGUGGCGCCGGAGCUCACGGUGGACCUGGACCUGCACCGCCGCGUCCUCGCCGGCAACAGCAUCGGCACCGGGGCGCUGGAGAGCAGCAGGCAGGUAUGCCUCGGGUCGUGCGCGGCGCCCGGGGAGCCCUACACCGACCGGGGCUGCCAGAAGAAAUACCGGUGCCGCGGCGACUGAACGACCGCUCCGACGGUCGUCCGUCGGUCCGUGCAUGCGCACGCGCUUCAUGAUCGAUUGAUGUGUCUUUCUUUGCGUCUCGCUAAGGUUGUCGUCGCUACUUACUAUUGCUCCCAGUUGCUUGAAAUAAUGUAGUCGCUCUCCUGGUACGUACAAACAACAAAGAAUUGUCACGUGACUGUAUCAGCAAACUGAUGAUUGUUCUUGAGAAAGAUAUAUGGCAUGUUGUGACCUUGCAAAUCGAUGUUGUCUCACUUCUGAAUUGUUGUUACGA